GGUUGACUUCCAGGUUGUGAGUGCGAGAGUUCCCCGCCUUUUGAGGACUGAACCUUCACAAUAACACUACACUUGAAGUGUUUAUUUGACGUUUUAACGCGUCUUUUUCAGUGGACAUGUAGCUUAAGUAUAGGGGGCUUUUCAAUCUUUAAGCCAACCAACUGGCAGUCAUGCUGCUGCCGUCCGACGUCGCUCGUCUAGUUCUGGGCUAUCUCCAGGAAGAAGGUCUGUCCGCCACAACCAAAGCAUUCAUUCAGGAGAGCCCGAACCUGAAAGAAUAUGCAGAACACACCAUGGGAGACGGAGCCCUCCCUGCCUGCGUUUUUUCUGUCUUCGGGAAGGGACUAACUACCAUCCUAAAUGAGUAUAUCGCUGCCAAAACUAAAGAGACUUGCCAUGAAGUGCCUGCCGUGAUGACAUCAUUGUGGAAAAAGCUGGAUUUUACACUCAAACAAAUCAAGUCCUUCCAGAGUACUCCAGCUGUUUCAGCAAGUCAGAGGGCACGUUCACGUGUUGGACUGGCAAACUUGGCAGGACAACGGCUUUUGACUGGGACUUCAGCGAGCAGUCUCGUGUGCUCCUCCGAAACGACCCUCAUCGGCAGCCCUGCGCUCAGCUCGCAGAGUAUGCUCGGUCACUCCACCCCCGUGACCUACAGUGCCCCACAAAUCAGGGCACCUCCGGGCAACGCGACAGCUCAACAGUUCCACGAUUCCCCUAUACAGGUAAUAGUUGCAGAACAGCGACCAAAUCCGGGGCCAAUGUCACCAGGGCGACGGAAAUGGGACACUCCAAGGAAAAGGAGUGGUGGUCUGGGAGUCUCCAAUGGUCCUGGCAAGUCCAGCAUGCCUGCCAGUAAUGUCACUGCUGAACCGCAACCUGAGGAAGCAGUUGAAGAGAAUUUUCCUCAAUUAGUGAUACAAAAUGCUCGUGACAAAAUAUUGGGAGACAGAUUGUUACAGGAAAAGCUUGCUGAAAACAUCAACAAAAUUCUUGCAAACGAACCAACUCCCCAAACACCAAAGCCCCCAUCAAGUUCAAUAGAAGACGACCAGUCAAUUGACGAGAUUCUCGGACUACAGGGAGAAAUACAUAUGAGUGACGAUGCAAUCCAUGACAUUUUGGAGCAAACGGAAUCCGACCCUGCCUUUCAUGCCCUGUUUGACCUCUUUGACUAUAAAAAUCGAACUGAUGGAGAACCGGGUGAUAUAGAUAUGGACAAUAUACCAAGGGAGGGUAAUACUGCCGAACCACACCCAUCUACAGUCGGGCAGCUUCAGAGUAACAAUGAUCCAGGUAUCACACUGCAAGACACAUUAGAGUUAACUGCAACCCCGGUGAAGAACAAAGUUGGACAAGAACGCAAGACGAGAAAAUCAAACUCACUGUUAAAGAAGACUGUACUCGGGUCAAGUAGCAAGUCAUCCCAGAUGGAAAACAGCUCCGCUAAGUUACUGAUUACACUUGAGGAGCCUGCUGAUGAAAAUGAAAAGGAAAAAAACUUCAAUAAUCGUGUUGAUGCAUCACCAAUGGAUAUUGACAAAACGGUUGACACUUCAGCUAUUUUAGAGAACACGGUGAUUCUCGGGAAUCUGGAAUGUGUCACUAAGGGCAAUUUACCCACCGCAAUGUCCCUCAUUGACUCAGCGGCUGUCCUUUUAACAAGAGACGCUGCUCCAGCGGAACCUGUCAGUGUGGACAAUAAAAAGGAAAGCAAACAAGAACAAGGAUCUUCAGAUCUAUCUGCUCUAUCUUUGCUGUCGUCGCAGAGUAAUCAGUCUUUCCCUUUGUCUACUACACAAGUUAAUUUGAGUGGAAACCCCUCUCUUUCUUCGGUUGCAGUCAGCGCUGGAACGACUCUGUCUCAGAUGAAUCUCACCUCAACACUUCAGUCUUUCCCUACCUCAUUUUGUUCUGCUGGUUCCACUGUGGCUAACACCACUGCAACAAAUACAGUAACAGCUUGUUCCCGUCUGUCCUCCAUCAGAACAUUUCAUAAAGGUUUGCUUGAUUCGUCCACAUUUAGUUCCGCUUCAUCCUCCAACUCUGGAAUGAUAGGAAGCGCUGUUGAGUCAGGUUCCUUGACCAGGAUUGAUAGCAACCCAAAUAAAGCUGCGACGGAUUCAAAUAACAUCGUUUCUUUGAAAAUCAUCAUCAGUGAUAACGCAGAUGAGAAUUCCUCGAGUGACAAAGCUUUGAGUCAGGCAAUUUCUAGUAUUUCUUCAGAAAAGCUACCCACAAUCUACCUUUCCUCCCCUACUAAGUCCCCCAGAGGAUCCGGAACACCAAAAGGGACUAACUUGGAUGAAACUGCGCUGGCAGUCUGUGGGUUACAGAGCUCAGAGGCAUUAGCUAAUUCACCAAGUAGAGCUGGAGCGGUCGUUCCAGCUCACCCGUUACCUGAAACGACACAAUCGCAGCAAAGCUACAUUAUUCAGCUACCCUUGGAGACUGCAAACACUCCGUUCCAAGGAGCGAGUACUAGCUAUUUCUUCAUGACAGAACCCCUAACAUCAGAUACCUCAGGAAGACAGGUCCAAGUGCCUACUGGUUCCUCAAAAGCGCCACUUUUGCCCAAAAACAACCAUUAUGGUGUGACGACAGUCCCACCUGUACAAAGCUUUGUCACUGGGUCAACACUCAUUUUACCAUCACCUGUUAAGCCCAUGCUGAACAUGCUUCCUGUGUCUCUUAUGGGACAGAAUGCAACCAGAAAUGUACAGAUGGUGGCAAAUCAGGUCGUUGGAAUCCCAAACCUGGUGCCAAUACAGCAGACGUUAACUGUUGAUCCAAAACUUUCCACAGUUGCAGUCAAACCGUCCACAAUUGGUGGAAUUAUUCAUAAUGAGGCAACAGAGGACAUGCAAAAAACAGUUCAGCAGCAUGAACCAAAGGAUUCCAGUUCCAGCCAUAAGAGAAUGUUAUGUUUUGAUUCAGCUACCAAAGUUCAACCACCCACUUCUAAACCAGCAGCAAUUCCCACCUCUUCAGCUGUGAAUACAUCAACUUCACAACUUGUCACACAGACUAAGAAAGGUCGUUCACACACGGCCCCUUUUGCAAGGACCGCUACGAGGCCUGCUAUCCUAGGUGGCAAUAAGCCUAAACGGAAGGUCGAGACAGUGAAGUGCUCAGUGGAUCCUAAAGCUGGUGGGGCUCAAAAACCUCAAACUGGGAGUGGGAGCAGGAUCCAUGUGUCUCAGCCUGGGUCUGUACAAAGCUCAGAGCCAGAAACUAAAUUUGAACCUACAGCAGGGAGAAACAUUCACAAUAAGGAUGUGAUAAGUGACAACGCUAAAGUGAAGGAUUGUGGAAGCUUAAAGUCGGUAUCGUCCGACAUUGUGCUAAAAUCGGUGAGCAGUAAAGAUAAAGGCGAGAGCAGUAGGAACGAGCCUUUGGAAGAAGAGGCAGAGGAAAACAUGCAUACUCAGGGAAACCCAAAUGUGAUCGCGGACAAAGAAAACAAAGUUACCGUUUGCUCACAACACCAGCAGCAGUCCUCUCACACACCUUUUUCCUCAGCACUAGAAAACUUAGCCCCACCAACUGUCACGCAUACACCAAGUUCCCAAUCCAAAAUUGCCUCAAAGACCAACUCUGUGGCCAUAGAAGCAACUGAGAUGCUGCCGAACAUUCAGGGGCUCAAGUCUCCUCCCAGACCUGCUAAAAGAUUAGGAUUAAAGAGCCCAGACUUUACUGGUCCUCGAACCGCAGGGUCUGGUGGUAACCAAGAAGAGUCAAUGAAUAGUCCAAGGACUCCUCUGCAACAGAAGAGGAGUAAAGAUGCCGAAGUAACACCGAAGAAUCUUCUUCCCCACAACACCCCAGAAAUCCCCACCUGCAGCCCCGCCAGUGAAACCGGGAGCGAGAACAGCAUCAACAUGGCCGCUCACACGCUGAUGAUCCUGUCGCGCGCCGCCAUCGCCAGGACCGGCACUCCACUCAAAAACAGCUUGCGUCAGGAAGUGGGCGAAAAGUCUCCCAUAAGCUUGAAGAACUCAAAGAAGCGCAAGCAGUCCCCACCCACUGCCAGCCCUGCUCCGAAGAAGCCUUUGAAACAAUCUCCCACUAAAAAGAAAAAACAGCAAAAGAAAACAAUCAUAAAUUGUUUUCCCCAAGACAUGGAUGUGGAUAAGUUCCUUUCUUCCCUUCACUACGAUGAAUGAAAGUGGACAAACCAACAGGAAAGGGCUGCUAUAUUAUGAGCUACUUGAAUUCCAUCCGGAAGGAGAAAAGGCAUCUGCUGAACCAGUACCCGCAGUUCUUUGUAGACGGAAAUCAAUAUUUGGCCUGUUUUUUUUUUUCUGGUUAUACUGCUGUUUUGCAGCAAUAGUUGGAUUUGUUUGAAUUUGUGCUUAAAAAGUGCAUUUUAUCAAGGUUGGUUCAACAUUUCUUUGGUCAAUAUUUGACUCUGGUUUGAGUAAACCAACUAACAGUUAAACAUGUUGACUUGUAAAAAAUUUACAUUUUGUAACAUGCUUCUGCCGAUGUGUGAUAUUUUGUAAUAUAACUUGAGUUGUUUUAUGUUUAAAAAAAAUGUGAUCUAAAGAAAUGUGAAAUGAAAAUAAAAUAUUUUAAAAAGAAAUAUGAACGUAAAAGCACAGUAUUUCUUAAGCAUAGAACACUAACUGGUUCUUUUUCUGUUGCGCAAUAAAAAAGGCAUUCCUCUCUGAAUACUUUGCAACUUUAUUUAAUAUCUCAAUUCCGUGUGGGCCUGUUGAACGGCAGUCGUGAAAUUAGAAAAGGAUGAAACAAAGGAAUAUUUCAGAUCAAAGAUCAAGGAGAGCGUUUAAGCAUCAAUGUCGACUGU